AUGACUCAUACUUUCUUUCGCAAAUUGUUAACAUACGUAUCCUCUGAAGAUGAUAGCGAUGUUCUUAAUGAGGAGGCAGAUGGACAAUCAUCGAGGCAUCGUGGCAAUUGCCAACGUCCUAAGUUUAUUCAGCGCGAUCAUAUUCAGAGGCACGAACGCCUAUUUCGUGAUUAUUUCACAGAAGAUCCAAGAAGAGAUAAUGCCGAAAGACUUGGUUUAUUUUCUAUGCAAAAGAUAACUGCAGCACUUAGAAUGCUGGCAUAUGGGGUUACUGGAGAUUUUAUGGAUGAAUACAUACAUAUUGGUGAAAGCACCACAAUGGAGAGCCUCAAAAAAUUCUCUGAGACAAUAGUAAGUGUUUUUUCAGAUGAAUAUUUGCGGUCUCCAAAUGCCAAUGAUAUUGCCCGAUUGCUUGUGGUUGGUGAACAACGGGGAUUCCCAGGAAUGUUGGGAAGCAUUGACUGCAUGCAUUGGAAGUGGAAAAAUUGUCCCGCAGCCUGGAAAUGUAUGUACUCCGCUCACAUCCGUGAACCAACUAUUAUUUUAGAAGCAAUUGCUUUAUAUGAUCUCUGGAUAUGGCAUGCAGUUUUUGGUAUGCCCGGUUCACAUAACGAUAUUAAUGUGCUAGAGAGAUCUUUUAUUUUCAUGGAACUUGUCCAAGGGCGUGCUCCUCCAGUCAAUUACACAAUCAAUGGCAACAACUACAUUAUCCACAAGACGAUUCCAUCACCUCGAGGGAAUAAGAAGAAAAAUUUUGUAAAAGCACAAGAAUCCACAAGAAAAGAUAUCGAGUGUGCGUUCGGGGUACUUCAACAAUGA